CUAACGCUUCGCCUCCUCCCCUUCCUCCUCCUCCUCUUUCUCCUUCUCCUCCGCCCAUCACCGCCACUACGAACGUCUUCGCCUCCUACUCCUCACCGUCACCGCCACCGCUGCUCACGCUUCUCUGGGGCUUCCACCAGCCCUUUGCUACCCGCUCGCUGGGCUGCUGCAGUCUCUCUCUCUCCUCUCUCCUCUCUCCUCUCCUCUCUUCCUUCUCUUUAAAUUUCCUAUCUCCUCAAGAUCAAGGCAGAGGAAAGAAAGCACUGGAUUCCGCUUGCUGUUUCAGAAUUGUGAAGACAAAAUAGAACAUCUACAAUAUGCAGUUACUGCUUCUUGUUUUGUUGCUAUGGGACCCAGCCAGGUUGGUGCUGGCUAACAUCCAAGAAGAUGAAGCUAAAAAUAACAUUACCAUCUUUACAAGAAUUCUAGACAGACUUCUGGAUGGCUAUGAUAAUCGGCUUAGACCAGGACUGGGAGACAGUAUUACUGAAGUCUACACUAACAUCUACGUGACCAGUUUUGGCCCUGUCUCAGAUACAGAUAUGGAAUAUACCAUAGAUGUUUUCUUUCGACAAAAAUGGAAAGAUGAGCGGUUAAAAUUUAAAGGUCCUAUGAACAUACUUCGACUUAACAAUUUAAUGGCAAGCAAAAUCUGGACACCAGAUACCUUUUUCCACAAUGGGAAAAAAUCGGUAGCUCAUAACAUGACAAUGCCCAAUAAACUUCUUCGAAUCCAGGAUGAUGGGACUCUUCUGUACACAAUGAGGCUUACAGUUCAAGCUGAAUGUCCAAUGCACUUGGAGGAUUUUCCAAUGGAUGCUCAUUCAUGUCCUCUGAAAUUUGGCAGCUAUGCAUAUACAACCUCAGAAGUCACUUAUAUUUGGACUUACAAUGCAUCUGACUCAGUACAAGUUGCUCCGGAUGGCUCCAGAUUAAAUCAAUAUGAUCUUCUGGGUCAAUCAAUUGGGAAAGAGACAAUUAAAUCCAGCACAGGUGAAUAUACUGUAAUGACAGCUCAUUUCCACUUGAAAAGAAAAAUUGGCUAUUUUGUGAUUCAGACAUACCUGCCUUGCAUCAUGACUGUCAUUCUCUCUCAAGUGUCAUUCUGGCUUAACAGAGAAUCUGUGCCUGCAAGAACUGUAUUCGGAGUGACAACUGUUCUAACAAUGACAACUCUAAGCAUCAGUGCUCGGAAUUCUCUUCCCAAAGUGGCUUAUGCAACUGCCAUGGACUGGUUUAUUGCUGUUUGUUAUGCAUUUGUAUUCUCUGCGCUCAUUGAGUUUGCAACUGUUAAUUACUUCACCAAAAGAGGAUGGGCUUGGGAUGGGAAGAGUGUAGUAAAUGACAAGUCCCCUUCAAUAAAAGCUGAAGGCAUAACAUUAACAUACAACUCAGUGAAGGCAAUUCUUCAAGGAGCUAAGCUAAUAUGGCCCAAGUAUAUAGCUUUCUCAUGGCCCAGUUUAAUCCAAGAAAUGACUUUAGAGUACUUAGAGAAGUGGAUGGACUGUAUAACCUUCAAACAAUGUUCUAAAAAAGAAAAGACUACUGUCAUGAUACAGAACAAUGCAUAUGCAGUGGCCGUUGCCAAUUACGCCCCGAACCUUUCAAAAGACCCAGUUCUCUCCACCAUCUCCAAGAGUGCAACCACGCCAGAACCUAACAAGAAGCCGGAAAACAAGCCAGCUGAAGCCAAGAAAACUUUCAACAGUGUCAGCAAAAUUGACAGAAUGUCUAGAAUUGUCUUCCCAGUUUUGUUUGGAACUUUUAAUUUAGUUUACUGGGCUACAUAUUUAAACAGGGAGCCUGUAUUAGGAGUCAGUCCUUGAAUCUAGACACAGGUUAUCUUUGAGAUGAAUGAGAUGAAUAGUUACAUAAAACCUGGUUCGUUUUGCUAUGUACAGUCAAACUAAUAACUGCUAAUUUGUGAACCAACCUGUACAAUAUGUAUAUAGCAAUAUAUCUCUAGCUUCCCGGUAGAUCUCUAAUGGAGACACGCAUUUGCUAACUUGUGGAACUGCUGACAGUACCCAUGCCAAAAGAGCCGUUGCCUUUUUCAAAGAUUUACUUAGCAGCUGGUUAAAAGUGGAUUUUAGAUGUCCAGAUUGAUUUCCUACCUUUUAACAAGAUUUGAUAUUAUUAUCUAUAUCACACUUUCUACCCUCCCUUGUGUGUGUGUGUGUGUGUGUGUGUGUGUGAGAUAUGUGUACAUGUGUGCGUGUGUGUGUGUGUGUGUGUGUGUGUGCACUCGCGCGCCUGCCUGGGUGUUCCACAAGUGUGCACCACCAGGGUUUUCACUGAGGCUCUGUACCCGCACUCCCCAUGAACUCUUUUAUUUUUAGACAGAGGUUGAAAAUAGAAGUGAUAUAUAUAUAGAGAGAGAAAGAGAGACACCAUAUUACUGUUCUAUCACUAGUGAAGCUUCUCAUGUGCAGGUGUUUCUAUGUGGUGGCUGGAGGAUCAAACCUGGAUCUUUAUAUACCAUGAAGUGUGCCCUUUACCAGGUGAACUAUGUCCUAGCUAUUUUGUGUACCCCUUUGAUUUGGGUCAUGAAUUGGGGUGUUUUUCAUUAUUGCCUAAAUAUAAUGUAAGAUAAAAUUGUCAUUCCAAAUGGAAUUAUUAUAAAUAACCUUGUAUCUGCACCAUAAGUUCCUUUCUGAAUAUGCAGAACCCACUUGUGUAAUUGAAAACCUGGCACACAUCAGAAGAAAACUUAGAGAUUUGAAAUCAGCUUUUGAUUACACUGUAUAGUAUCAAUAGCCAUGUACAUAUUACAGCAUGACAAACUCAAAUAAUUAUGACUCACCCCUGACAGAAUAUUAACUAGAAUUUAAUAAUCAGAGAGAAUGUCAUGGUCAUUAUAAUUUUAGUAUCAAAAUUUAUUUGACAGUAAUAUUUGAAAUCCUACAAAUAAUUUUAACCAUUGUGUACUACCUUAUUUUUUUUUAAUAUGUAUCUUAACAGUUUGCAGGUCUGUGUUGUACUGAAAUUGAUCAGCUAAAUUUUCUUGGUGCUGGAGAGUAGAGAAGGCAUCCAGUUUGACUACUGUGGGGCAAUGUUCAUAUUGGAUUAGAAAAGUGUGCCAAAAACUCUCACCAAUGAGAAUUCAUAGGUGUCAGGGAGUAUAGAUGAGCACUUAUACUAUUCUCUUCUUUCCUGUUUACUGCAAAUUCUGCCUUAAGGCUUCUUUUCAUUGGGAUUUAGAAGCCACUGAUUAUUAAGGAAAGGGCAGUUAAUUGGCACAUUUUUUUCUGUCUUGAAGGCGCUCUUUCAGAUAAGAAUAAAUGUAAACCUGCUUUUGUAAAUUGCUACUUUAAAUUUUGCUGACUCAAAUUUACAACAGCUUUAUAUUCCAGAAGAAGUUUUGGUAAGAGUUAAACAUUUUUAAACAAAUUUAAAAGCCUCACCAACAGAUUACGAAUUAGUUUACAUACAGACUCUCUCUCUCACACACACACACAUUCAUACACACAAUUAGAUAAAUUAGGACAUACACAGACAAAUUAGAAACCAAAAUUUUCAAUUUUGUAAAAUUGCUAAUGGAUAAAAUUUAUUCUCUUUUAAUAUUAAAAAAAAGUCUGCCCCAAAAAUACAAAAAUACAAGUAAUUGUGUCUCAUACCUAGAGUCAACAUGAUGGCCAAAAUUAAAAUCCUUAGACUCACAUAUGCAUUAGCAGUUGUUAGUU